AUGGGGCACCGCGUCCACAGUUUGGCUCGCAAGAGUAGUCAAACGAUGGACUUGGACAUCCCAGCAUUGUGUGGCCCUGAAAAUCACAACAGCUCACCUGCCGUUCAGGCAGCUGCGCGCCAGGAGGUGGACAUGUCAAACCGCAUGUGCUCCAUGUGGACGAUGCACCCUGGUCAGGAACACGUCCGCAAGGUGCUUGACUCGUUGGAGCCGCUCGAGCACACUGCUCCCGGAGUCAUGCUUAAGGUGAGAUGGACUUGCUCUGUGGAUAUAUGGAACCCAGGUCUAUUGUGGGAGCUCCUCGCCGAAGUCAACAUCCUCGACGCAAGAGUACCAGGAAACCCAAACUUCUCGUACUUGACCCGGUUCGCGCAGAUGAUUCGCCUCCUGGGGCCGCCUUGUAUCGAGCUUCUCUCCCGGGCUAACAAGGACGUAUACGCACUUUUGUACGACGAUCAAGGGAUAUUUCAAUAUCAGGACCUGAUUCCUGGCCCAGACUUCAACUUCUCCAACGAGACUCGGAUCCUAGACGGAGAAGAUAAACUUAUUUUCAUCAAAUUCGCCAACCGAAUGCGUGCCUGGAUGCCAGAGGAGAGAUUCACUGCGAACGAGCUGCUUGACGAUGCCUGGCUCAAGCUCCCAAAGCCAUGCUGA